AUGACCAUCGCCGCCGCAGCGUUUGGCUUGAUCUCCGACGGAUACCAGAACAACCUGAUGACCAUGGCCAAUGUGGUCUUCAAGAAGCUGUAUCCCAAGGACUAUACGCCGGAUGUGUCAACUCGUGUGUCGAACGCUCUCCUCGUCGGCGCGGUUUUGGGCCAGGUCUCGGUCGGCUUGCUUUGCGACCGCAUUGGGCGGAAGGCAGCGCUCGUUGCGACUACGCUGCUCAUUGUCAUCGGUGCAACGCUUGGCACCGCCGCACACGGCGCACACGGCAGCGUUCAGGGUCUGUUCUGGUUCUUAACCAUCGCCAGAGGCAUAACCGGUGUGGGCGUGGGUGGAGAGUAUCCAGCUUCUUCGACUAGCGCCAGCGAGGCCGCCAAUGAGAAAAUGCUUAAGCAGAGAGGGCCUGUUUUCAUCAUGGUCACGAACUUUGUCUUGAGCUUCGGCGGUCCGCUUGCGGUGGCUGUAUUCCUCAUCGUGCUCUCCGCCGCCGGUGAAAACCACUUGCCUACUGUCUGGCGCGUGUGCUUCGGAAUCGGCAUCCUCCUGCCCUUGACGGUCUUCUACUUCCGGAUGCGGAUGCUCACGACACUGCUGUUCCGGAAGGGUGCCAUCAAGAGCGAGUUAACUUUAAUCUUUUGGCAGGUGCCUUAUUGGCUUGUCGUGAAGCGCUACUGGAAACCGCUGAUCGGGACUUGUGGUGCUUGGUUCCUAUAUGACUUUGUCACUUUCCCCAACGGCGUUUUCUCCGGUACUAUCAUCUCCAGCGUCAUUCACGACGGAAGCAUCAAGAAAACGGCAGAGUGGCAAUUGUUGCUGGGUGCCAUCGCGUUGCCUGGUGUGUUCGUUGGUGCAUUGCUUUGCAACCCCCUUGGCCGACGUAACACAAUGAUCCUCGGGUUCAGCGGUUACCUAGUUUUCGGGCUGAUCAUCGGCUGCGCGUACGAUAGGAUCACCAAGAUCAUCCCGCUUUUCGUCAUCUUCUAUGGUUUGAUGCAGUCUUUCGGUAACCUGGGCCCUGGAGACAUGCUUGGCCUUGUGAGCGCAGAAUCUUUCGCGACUCCCGUACGAGGCACCUGCUAUGGGCUCUCGGCAGCCCUCGGCAAGACUGGAGCAGCUGUAGGCACACAGGCCUUUACGCCCAUCCAGGUCCACUUGGGCAAGAAGUGGACGUUCAUCAUUGCAGCCAUCUGCGGUGUUACGGGUAUUCUCGUCACGUACUUCUUCGUUCCAGACAUGACCGGAGUAGACCUCGCGGAGGAAGACGAGAAAUUCCUCAAGUACCUAGCCGAGAACGGCUGGGAGGGCGAGGUCGGGGAGGACGAGGAUGGGCUCGUGGAUGACGACUCCUCGAGCGUCAGCGUCGAGAAGAAGGCUUGA